AUGACCUUGUCUAUUCGAGUGGACAAGCGAGUUGGCACCAACAUCCACAACAGGAGAGAGGGGAAUGCUGCUGCGCGCGGGAAGAUUGUCAAACAAUCCAAAGAAGUCAAGCCAGUGUCGAAAAGUAAAAGGAAGAGGGCUCAGAAACACACCAAGCCUGAAGUUCUGCCUCCCAACUUCAAGACUUUGUCUGUCUUAGCACAAAGUUACCCCGAUUUCGACGACGGGCUCACUGAAGCAAAGGUUAGACGCGGAAAGGAGGUUCGAGAACAUGAGAAUGUUACACAGGGAAGAGUGAAACGACCGCUCAAUUGUUUCAUUCUAUACCGAAGUCAUUUCAAUAAGGUGACGAAGCAAGAGCUCACAAAAGCGGUAAAAGCAAAUCCCAGAGAAAAGCCAAAAGAGGGAGAUCCACACAUACCUUCUAUCAAUCCUCGAGUCUCAGAGUAUGUUGCAAGAUCAUGGAGGAAUGAAACAAAAGCUGUUAGGGCCAGAUUUGAUGCUUUGGCUGCCGAAGAUGCAGCAGAGCAUCUGCUAGCCGACCCCGACUACAAAUAUACGCCAAAGCCGAAGAAAGACAAGAAAGGCAAGAAAGGCAAGGGCAGAGCUAAAAGCCGCGAGGACAGUCCAGACUCAGAUGAUGAGGAAGACGCAGAUUUCUCUGACGGUGAUAUGGAAUCGACAUCAUCACGCCAUCAUACACCUCAGACUAUACGCUCCGACUCGAGGAAGUCUCCCCUCCCUGAGGUGACAAGACAGGAGUGGGUUGCUGUUGAACACAAUUGGGUUGCUGCUGAGCAGCGUUCAUCACCGUACCCCGACCCAAGGUACCAGAACUAUCAGCAGCCACCACCAGCGUAUCCACAACCACCCGCGUAUCAGCAACAAACACCAGCGUAUCAUUAUCAGCAUAUGGAUCAGGAACUACCAGCGUUCUCGCAGCAAUCACAAGGAUGUUAUCAACCUCCCAACCAAGGGGAGCCUCCUCUUGGGACAGUUGAUCCAAGACUGUGCCAACGGCCUGGUACAGAGGACCCGCAUCUGGGUCUGGAAUCAUCAACUCAAUACACCUCACCCCAAUACCCUCCAGCGUACGCUGUUGACAACGAAAUCGAACCAUCGGUCGGGCAAUAUGGGAUGCCAUUUGAUGAUGAAAUGGAUAGAAUGCUUAACCUUUCUCCUUCUUAA